AUGAAACGAAUGAAUAACGAAUUAACAUCAAGUCAGAAAGAAGUCGAAAAUCUUAAACGAAAGAUAUCAGAACUCAACGAAAGGAAUCGAGAAUUAAUUUCAUCACGUGAAUAUUACACAAUCAAACUCACAGAGUCCGAAUCAGAAUGUAUUUCACUUCGAAAACAGUUAACAGAAUCGAAUACAAAACUCUCAUCAUUAAAUUCAGAACUUUUUUCACUCAAAUCAGAAUACAACGAAAUGAAAGAAAGUUCAGACAAACUUUAUUCUAUCAAUCAAAAAUUACAAUCACAAGUUUCUUUCAACGAACAUCGAUAUGCCGAACAAAGUUCAUUCAUCGAAGAUCUUAAAUAUCGUGUUAUUUCACUUGAAGAAUCAAUCAACAGAUCUAAACAACUUGAAUCUAUUGUUUGUGAACGCGAUUCAACAAUUUCAACAUUACGUGAUCAACUAUCGAAAAGCGAAAAUAAAUGUCAAUCUAUCACAGAUGCAUUACAACAUGCACAAGAACAAUUAGAAACAUCACGUGUAUAUGACAAAGAAAUUGAAACACUUCGUUCACAACAUAAUUCAUUAUUGAAACGAGCCGAAGAAGCAGAACAAUGUUUGAGACGAUAUGAAGAAGAACUUCAAUAUAAGAAAGAAGAAUAUACACAAUCUAUGAUUAAACAAAGUUCCACUAUUGAAGAAUUACAAAAUCAACUUAUUUCAAGUCAUCGCGAUUUUGAUCUUGCUAUUGAACGUCAAAAGAAGUCAGCAUCAGAAGCAGAAGAAGCACGAAUAUUUGCCGAAGACCUUGAACGAUCAUUCAAUAAUUUACAACGCACAGUUCUUCGAAUUCAAGACAAAAUUUCUUCACACAAUUCACCAAAUCCAUCUCCAUCCAAAAGAGUUUCAUUCCCUGGAACAUCACUAUCAUUAUCAACAUAUUCUGAUUCUGAUUCCAAUCCUCAAGAAAAUUAA